AAAGCAAAGUUUCUUCCCUUUGUUUCAUUACUGCCAUUUGUAGCCAACUAAAGAAAUCUAGAAGAUUGUGCUGUAAAGAUUUGAUGAUGACUAUCCAUCUAUGUCAGUCUUCUGAGAAGUUAAACUGGAAUCAGAUCAAGCAAUCUAUUCUGGGUCGCCAGAGGCUUGCUGAUAAGUUCACCUGUGCCGGAUGUUCUCGUUCAUUUGAAACAAUCUGCUGCUUACAUUUUCAUUGUAUGAAGCACAAUGAAGGUGGUUCAUACUAUUUUGACCACGUGACCAGUACAGCAUUUCCAAAAUUGGAUACAAGAUGUAGCGCCACACAGUUUGAAGCUGAUGACUUCAAUGAUGAUGGAAGGCAUAAACUGAAAGUACUCAUAGGAAAUGUUACAUCUUUAAAGCCGCACAACUCCAGAUGCUUAAACAAGGAGAAUAAUACCAACAUAGAAGAAAGUGAUGACACAGUCAAAAAUAUCUCAAAUGAAAAUGGUACAUGUGUGUCUGAUGGAGAUACUAGAACUUACCAAGAGGUUGAAGUUACCAGUGGAAAUAUUCUUGAUGAAGGAACUAAAGAAGGUGAAACAGAUGCUAGAAUGGAAGAGGAAAAAAGAGAAGGAUUUGCAAGGGUGAAAGUUAGGAACAUAGAAAGGAGAGAGGAUGGUUCAAUUUCUUUUGAAAUGAAUGAGGCCGAUGCUCACUUAUUUCAAGCUACUGCCAAUACUUUGAUUGAACAAAUUAGGAAAAAGGCUGGAGAUUUACCUAUACCUGCACAGGAAUUGGAGGUGAUGGUGCCAGAUGAUUCACUCCAAGUUGAACAUUCAAAGGUAAGUGAGGAUCCUGAACUCACUGAUAAACAAGCUGCUGUUGAUCCAGUCAGUAAUAAUGAAAAGGAAAAAUCCCCAACAGUUUCAGAUGUACAAGAAGAUCAAGACAUUGAUACUUUGGUGGAAUAUGAAAUAAACCAAGAUAAAGAUGUAAAAUCUAGGACAACUGUUGACAUUGAGAAAGGUAAAGAGAAAGACAAUCGCAGUGACAUUGAUAGAAGAAACAAUGAAAUUGUAAAGAGAUCUUCUCAAAGAAAAAUGCUGGAUCAGGUCAAUGAACUUGUUGAAAUGAAAAUGGAUUCAACUGAUGAUAUCAGGUUUAAAAGCAAUAGAAAGUUAUGUAGUAAGAAAAAGGAGCAAAAUGUUGAUGAUGUUUCACCAGAUAAAGAUAUUGAAAAGAUUGGUGCUAAAACUAGUCGUAAAAAUUCUGAACUUGUUGAUAAGAAACAAAAUAAUAGUUUACCAGUCUAUACACGUUCUCAGAGGAAAAGAAAAUUAACCACUAAAAUGAAGGAAAGUGAACUACCAGAAAUGUUGAAACUUACAGGAAGGACACCGCAGUUGCAAGAAACCAAAAAUGAGAAGCUUACAUUAAAACGGAGAAAAUCUCUAAUUGGUGAAACUGAUUUCAAUGCUGGUGAAACUUUAUUAGCUUUAAGAGAAACUAGGGAUCUUAAAUCAAUGAAAAGUUCUAAUAGGAAAACUGGUUUAUCUACCUUUUCUAAAGAUAAAGAUAAAUAUUAUAAUGAAGAGAUGGACUUCAAUGCUGAUAAAACAAGUGAUCAUGAAGUAACUUGUAAUGAAGAUUCUGAUGCUGAGAAAAUAGAUGACGCAAUUGUUAGAAAUGAUUCGAGGAAAGGUAUUGGAAAUGAUGGGUCUGGUCUGUUAACAGAAAACAGUGUUUGUAAUGAAGAGGAAGAAGAAGAGCUUGAUGAUGAACUAUGUGAUGGAGAGGAAGAAGAUUUAGAGAAAACAAUUAAAAGGGUAUAUCCAAAGAAACAACGGCGGAAAAGAUUAAAAAAAGGUCAGAUGCCGUUGAAGAGGCGUAAUGACUUUAAGUGUAAUGAAUGUGGUAAAGUUGGAUCAUUGAGCAUGAUAAAAUAUCAUGAACAGAUGCAUUCUGAUAAAAUGCCAUACAAGUGUGAGGAGUGUGGAAAAUGCUUCAAGACAUCAGCCUGUAAAAGGAGUCAUAUGUUGCAACAUGGAGAGAAAAAAUGGAAAUGUGAGCAGUGUCCAGCAGCAUUUUAUAGGAAACAGUAUCUUGAUGUACAUAUGACCAAUCAUACCGGAGAGUAUCCAUAUGUGUGUGAGCUCUGCGGAAUGAAGUUUAAAAUGGCAUAUAUAGUAAGGCGACAUGUGAAUAAUGUGCACAAGAAUAUCCGGAACUACAAAUGUGACAUUUGCGAUAAAGAAUUUUUCCGUGUCGCCACAAGAGACCAGCAUCGAAACCGACAUUUUGACCCAUUCCUACAGUGCUCAUAUUGUCCAAAAAAGUUUAAAGGGGACUUGGACUUACGAAAACAUGAAUUAACACAUACUGGUGAAAAAAUGUAUUUCUGCCCCAUUUGUAAUCAGGGAUUCACUCAAAUUUGGCCGUAUUAUAAACACAUGUGGAAAAUUCACAAUAUUGAGAAAGAAGAAGCCAAGAAAAUGAAAAUAAGAAAUCCUGACAUAGUUAACAUGCGAAAUGUAAAUAAGGAUUCUGUUAACAAAGAACAAGCAUACGUGCAUGAAUUUAUAGGGAAGCCAGGGUGCACUUUUGAUAUGCGAAAAAGCUUUAAUCAAAAUGUCAAUCAGUUAAAAUUCAUUGAAAAUAAACUUGGAAGUCAUCAAAGUGGAAACAAUGAAGAUGGGAAGCGAAUUUGUGAGACUAGUCUACAAAAUGAAGGUAACGCUGUUUAUACAGCAACAGAAGCUGAUGUGGCUGAUACUAUUGUUAUGAAUAUAGGAGAUGACUUAGAUAACCGGGAAACUAUAGUGAUACAAACUGAAGAGUUACAGUCUAUUGGUGACCAACAGACUGGUUAUAUUGUUGUGGAAAACAGUCAUGGGGAGGAUAAUAUUGUCAUCUAUUCUGGUAUGCCGCAAAAUGAAGCAGCAGACGUUCAUCAGUUUAUUGGCAACUGCUGAUUAUCAUAACAAAUGGUAACAAAUAAGACUAACAUUGAUCAAAUAAAUGAAGAACAGUUAUUGAAUAUGUGAAAAAACAGUGAUUAAAUACAUGAAGAACAGUGAUUAAAUAUAUGUAGACAGUGAUAAAAUAUGUGAAGAAUAGUGAUCAAGUAUAUGAAGUACAGUGAUCAAAUAUAUGAAGAACAUUAAUCAAAUAAAUGUAGACAAUGAUUAAAUAUGUGAAGAACAGUGAUCAAAUAUAUGAAGAACAGUGAUUAAAUAUAUGAAGAACAGUAAUUAGAUAUAUGAAGAACAGUAAUCAAAUAUAUGUAGACAGUGAUUAAAUAUGUGAAGAACAGUGAUCAAAUAUAUGAAGAACAGUGAUUAAAUAUAUGAAGAACAGUAAUUAGAUAUAUGAAGAACAGUAAUCAAAUAUAUGUAGACAGUGAUUAAAUAUGUGAAGAACAGUGAUCAAAUAUAUGAAGAACAGUGAUUGGAUAUAUGAAGAACAGUGAUUGGAUAUAUGAAGAAUAGUGAUUGGAUAUAUUGAGAAUAGUGAUUAAAUGUAGGAAGAACAGUGAUUAGAUAUAUGAAAAACAGUGUUUAAAUAAAUGAAGAACAAUGUUUAAAUAAAUAAAGAACAGUGAUUAAAUACAUGUAUGUGAAGAACAGUGAUUAAAUAUAUGAAGAGCAGUGAUUAAAUUUAGUAAGAACAGUGAUCAAAUAUAUGGAGAACAGUGAUAAAAUAUAUGAAGAAGAACACAUUUAAGUUCACUUUAUAGUGAAAUUAAAACUGAACUUUGAAAACAAAUAUUAAUACUAUCACAAUGAUAUUAAUUUACUGGUAUAGUACUUAAAUGUCAUUCGACAUGAUAUACAUCAUUUAGACGAAAUUUUGAUGACACUAAAAUUAUUAAAAAUUAAGAUUAGUUUAUAAAUUACUUGUGUACUUAUUUCAAAGAUAUUGUUACCGUGAUACUGACAGAUGUUUGAUGGUUAAAUGUCGCAAAUAUGAAAAGUGUUGCAACGCUUUUCACUCAAAGUAGACUAAGAAUCACACAAAAAAUCAAUAUUAAAUUUAAUUUUGUGUAAAUUUCUUUAUUUUCCUUUUCAGAUUUUUUCAGUAAAGUGCUCUACUUGAGUUUCAAAUUUUAUGUUUUUAUGCUUUUUGACCUCAAUGGAGUUCCUUUAAUUAAACCUGGUCUAAUCUCAUGAAAAAACUGCUUUGUAUAGAAAGGAAAACUGUUUAGUGUAUACAGCACAGCAUUAUAAGAGAUGUUACAAAUUAUGAUAUACUUACACAACUUUCUGCAGCAAAUUUUUUUAUUUUGGAAAAAACAAACAAAAAACAAA